UUACCGAACAGUACCUAGUUGGUACCACAUUUUAGUUGUCAUGUUGAAAUAGCUUUAUUUACCAGCCUAAAAUGAGAGCUAUUUUUAUUAGAAAAAAACACUUUUUCUCCUUCGUGGCCGUUGUGCUUGUGAUUUGGUUGUUAGGAUUUGUUUACCUUCUAGCAGAUAGCGAUUUCUUCAAGUAUUUCAGCAAUGAAGAAUCAAACCAGAGGCAAAUAGACAGAUUUAACAAAAUAUUUCGAGACGGCAGGGAAAAUGUUCCUGGUCCUAUUGCCCCUGACAUCAAAAUGCAGAAACCGUCCGUACAAAAAAUAGAAAUAGAGGAAGAACCAACACCACCUAAAGUAAAAUAUGGAGAUAUGGGUAAAGGUGUAAGUCUUCCAGAUUACUUGCCACCAGAAUUACAAGCUAAAAUAGAUGAAGGCUGGAAGAAUCAUAGUUUUAACCAAUAUGUAAGUGAUUUGAUUGGUGUUCGAAGAGAGUUGCCUGACUACAGGGAUGAAUGGUGCACCAUCCCUUAUAGGUACGAAAUUAAGCUUCCUAGAACUUCUAUUAUAAUUUGUUUCUUUAACGAAGCCUGGUCAACAUUAAUUCGAUCUGUAAAUUCAGUGUUAGAUAGGACUCCUCCGAAUUUGUUGGAAGAGAUUAUUCUUGUCGAUGACUUUUCCGAUAUGGAUCAUUUGAAGAGUCCACUAGAAGAGUACUGGGAAAGCGAGCCAAAAGUUAAAAUCAUAAGAAACACCCAAAGAGAAGGUCUGAUCAGGUCUAGGUUGAUAGGUAUGUCACACGCCAACGCUGAGAUACUAACAUUCUUGGACUCGCAUAUUGAAGCUACUCCUGGAUGGCUAGAGCCAUUGCUAGAACAAAUUCGUGUCAAUUAUACUACAGUAGUAUCCCCAGUGAUAGAUAGUAUUAACUAUACAACUUUUGAAUAUGUUCCGCUCAAACAACACAUUUUUGUUGGUGGAUUUGAUUGGAAUUUGGUGUUUACGUGGCACAAUGUACCACCACGAGAAAAUGAACGAAGGACUGAUCCAGCAGAACCAGUGUACACUCCUACAAUGGCUGGAGGUCUGUUUAGUAUCAGCAAAAAGUUUUUUGAAGAAAUAGGAACUUACGAUCCAGGUCUAGAGAUAUGGGGUGGAGAGAAUUUGGAGCUGUCGUUUAAGAUUUGGACUUGUGGUGGUUCGCUACAGAUUGUUCCAUGUUCUCACGUUGGACAUGUCUUUCGAGUGAGCUUUCCGUAUACUAUUAGCAAUGGUGACUCUACAAAAAGUGUUAUGGAGAAGAAUCUUAAACGUGUGGCUGAAGUUUGGAUGGAUGAUUACAAAGACUACUAUUAUACAAGGAAAGGAAACUAUUAUAAAAGUGUUGAGUAUGGUGAUGUAUCUAGCAGGAAGAAACUUAGAAAGGAUUUGCACUGUCAGUCGUUCAAGUGGUAUGUAAAUAACGUAUAUCCAGAACUUUUUAUACCAGAUAAAAUCUAUGGUUAUGGCGUUAUUGGUACUACCGAUUGGAAGUUUUGUCUAGAUAGUUGGGGAAGAGAUGGCAGUGCUUUUGUCCCUCUUCCAGUUCAAACUUGCUACGCAGAUAGUCUUGGUGGUAGUCAGUUCUGGUACUAUACACAUGAUAAAGAAAUAAGAAAGGAAGAGCAUUGCAUGGACUUGAAUGAAUCAAACGAGGAUCUUGUUGGUUUAUAUCCAUGUGACAAAGAGUCUAGUCAAAAGUGGAUUUUUGAUCCCGUUUCUAAGGUUUUCGUUAACCAAGCUAAUAAAAAGUGUUUGGAUGUCCAAAAUAAAAAAUUGACAGUGACUAAUUGCCGUGAUAAUAGUCCACAUCAAAAAUGGUUUGUGCAACAUAUCAAUGGCACCCAAAAUUCGCCAUACUCGUUCAAUAUUCAAAAACUUGGCUAGUGUAAGAACCAAAAUAAGUGAAUAAAUCCAACAGACUUGAAUCUCAAUUUAACUAAGUUGUUAAAGCGUUUUUUCGAAAAAAAAAUAGCUAUCUGUAACACAGUACGUAACAUUCGAAUAAACUAGGAAAAUACUUUGUUGUCAGUUGUAUUUUUUUGUUAAUUGUUAAUAAAAAACUGUACAAAUGUUA